GCGCGCACGUGUGUGGUUUUUCUUGAAAAAAAGUUUCUGAACUUAGUAUCUUAGGGUCUGUAUAGUUUUUAUAGACGUUGGAACCUUUGCAAGCCUUUACAAGAAUGGCAACCACCCAGAACUGAUGGAAAACGAGCGAGAGGGCGAGGGAAAAGCUCUGGCAACAAGCCCCAUCAGAAGGCCAAAUAUAGACGAGCACCUCGCGGCGUCGUGUCGACACUACUUCGACGAGAAGAUAGUCUUCAAGACGGCCACCCAACCCGACGCCUACAUCGAGCGCCUCAAAUCUAAUUAUCGCCCACUGAAUCCCAGAAUGCCGGAAUUGACCCCGGACAAGUCCCCCGGCGGGGGCAGUGGAAACCCCGCCGCUUCUUCUUCGAGCUCUGGGGAUCACGAGACUCCCAGAGACAGUAUCCCGGCGCCCAAGAGGGUUCUGUACGACCCUGGACAGCUGGAGAUGAAAUGGAAGGGUCCUCGAGGUGUGGGAGCAGGUCUCAGCAACAUGGGAAACACAUGUUUCUUGAAUUCCGUGCUGCAAUGUCUGACGUACACACCGCCACUGUUCAACUACCUCACCUCUGAGCACCACAAGAGACUAUGUCGAAGUCAAGGGUUCUGUACCAUGUGUGAACUGCAGAAACACACCCAGAGAGUCAUGAACACGACAGGAGGUGUGGUCAAACCAGUACCCAUCGUCCAGAACCUACGAGUUGUAGGGAAGCACUUUAGACAAGGGAGACAAGAAGAUGCUCACGAGUUCCUGCGCUACUUUGUGGACGGGCUGCAAAGAGCAGCCUCCAGGGACUGCCUGCACAGCUGGAUCCUCACUCCAAGGCCACCACCGUCAUCCACCAGGUCUUUGGAGGGUACCACUGCAGUGCAGUGAAGUGUUCUGAGUGCCAGAAGACAUCCGAGACCUUUGACCCUCUCCUGGACGUGAGUCUGGACAUAAAGACCUGCGGGAACCUCAAACAGGCUCUAAACCGGUUCACCAAACCGGACGCUCUUGACGGAGAGAACCAGUACGCCUGUCCCUUGUGAGUCUUGAUAAUGAAGAACGUUUUGUAAGAAGAUGACUCCGGCCCAGAAACGAUUCACACUACAUCGUCUACCAAAUGUUCUCACCAUUCAACUCAAGAGGUUUGAUUACAACAGUCUGUUUGGUGGUAAGAUAAACAAACAUGUGGGGUACCCAGCCCAUCUCGACAUGAGACCUUACAUGACGUUCAAAAAGGGUCCUCCCCAGUGGUACCAUCUGUAUGCCGUCCUGGUCCACAGUGGUUGUUCAUGCCGCUCCGGUCACUACUACUGCUACAUCAGGAACUCCAACAAGACAUGGUAUUGCCUCAAUGAUGCACAGGUGUACCAGGCCAGUCUACAGCAGGUCCUACAGCAGGAGGCAUAUCUCUUGUUCUAUGCAAGAGAUCUUAGCUAUCAACCUCCUCCCCCUCCUCCGCCCCUUGCUGAUUCUGCUGACAUGCCCACCACACCCUCAACUCCACCCUCUCAACCUAAAGUCCAACCUGAUCCAAACUUUCUCGGAAAGCCGGUGAAACGCCCACCUCACCUGGACAAAACCGGUUCACCGUUUGUGAAACAGAAACCAACUGGUAUUGUCCAGCCCUCUCCUCAUGGCCCCUCCCCUGCCACACCCUCCUCCUCCAGCCACGCCCAACAGCCCCGCCUGUCUCUCCCAUUGAGAAAGUCCGACAUCGACCACACCCCUAAACUGCAGACUCCGCCCGUCCCCGCCCAACCUCCAAAACCUGUAAUUCGUGCUCCAAGAACGCCGUCCUUCGUCCCGAGGGUUAUUGCAGCCCCGUCAUCUUCGAAGAAGAAAAAGUUGCUGCAGCAAUUGGCUGUCAAGACGUAUCAAGAGGUUGGAGCGAGCCAACCCAGCCGGGGACCUGGUAUUGGUGAGAUGGGAGGAGACAGGGAGGGGGCCUUUGGGGAACCUCUGGCGAAAAAAGGAGGCAGUGGGGAGGUGUUUAUUGGACCUCUACUGCCGGGACCCACACCCUAUAGUGCUGCGAACUUGUCCACCUCACCCUCUCUCAAGAUCGCCAGGGUGCAGCCACAGGUAAAACCUGCCAAACCAGUUGCCAAAGUACAACCAGUCGUCCAUGACAUGGGCCCCAAGGAGGUGCUUGUUCACGAUGCUGCCAGCCGCAAGGAAGUGUUCAAGACGAUCAAGGGGUUGGCAGGCGAGUCACUCACUAACAGAGCAGCGCGGAAUCCCAAACCGGGGUGGAGGCCACUUGGCACACCAGCUCUAGCACCAACCAGUCCCCACGUAACCCCCGAAUCUCAGCAACAGACUCCGGAACUGAAGAACGAAGACGAGAGAGACUCUGAUAAAAUGCCGAAACCGCCCCCUCUUUCGCCGCCGCCCGAAGUGAAGAAACGAAAGAAGCGCAAGAAGAAGAAGAACCGCAAAACGGAUGAAGAGAGAAACGAACAACGAGAGAGGAAACACGGGAAGACCAGUGUGACGGAGGUCGAGAGGAGCAGAAAACGCUCUCCCGACUACUCCACCAAUGAAGAGAGUGAUGGUUCCGAAGACGAGAGACCGAGGAAGAAGAGAAAGACGCCGCAGCACGAGGGCCACUGGGAGAGAGAGAGAAAACGCUCGCGUCACGAUUCGGGUCGAAGCCGGAGGCACUCUCGGAGUUCGAGCAGCGAAAGUAGUCGCAGUAGGAGCAGUUCGAGGGAGGAGGAGAGCGAACGGGACAGCGAUCGGGGUGGGGGUUGGCACAGGAGGGGGAGGGAAGAGAGGAAACACGUGAGUAGUCACAGGGAAGAGGGGAGAUCGAGGCAUCACGACACUGGAGGGAAGAAGCAGCACGCCGGCAGGUCCUCGCACAAGUCCAAGCAUCGCUCCCCGAGCCCGGAGAGUAGCAGGCGACAGAGGAAGAGACACUGGAGUCUUGGGAGCGACGACUCGCACAGCAGUACCCGACACAAGUCGACGAGACAAGACGCUCAUCAUGCAACGAAGAAGAAACGCCACUCGUCCAGUCACCAUCAUCAUCAUCACCACAAACACAGCAGUCAUCAUCACGAGAGAAUCAGGUCCUCGAAACACGUGGUCAAGACUAGACCGUCCGGCGGUGCCACUGGUAUUGUCGGAGACGUGAAGUCUGCCGAGAGUAAGAGCCACGCCCACACUGCAGACAAACACAGAGCAGAGGGUGGGCAUCUAUUGGAGGAGGGGUCGACUGCACCGACAAAGAUGGCAGAUUCAUUGUGUGGCGUAGAGGAGGGUGGGAAGGAGGGGAGGAGUGGGGGAGAGGUGCCUGAGGUGGUGUGGGAUUUCUCGCUGAAGGGGGAGGGGAGACGAGGUGAGGGGAUUCCCCCAGGAAGCAGGUGGGACGGCUCUCGAAGGGAUGAUGUCAUCGACACGUUGACAAGCCACACCUCAAACCAACUAGGAACCAAUGGCAAGUCAUGGGAAGGUGGCAGUAACAGUCUGGAUACUGCAGUGCCUCACGAAGGACAGCACAAGAAGAAGGAGAGUGAUCGAGAUAACUGGGACAGAGAGCUCGACAAGGGAAAGGUAGACAUGACAACUGAACUCAAAGGGCCCUAGGAGCUGUACACAAGUGACACAGACGGUUACUUUAAUGGACUGGAACGAUAAUUUUGGUGUACCACAUCAUGACUGGUCCACCAUUCGAAGAUUCUCUAACAAUGUUGUUUGUAGCCAUUAGCAGAUUCACCUCUGUUGUCGUCGUUGUUUCAGGUGAAGAAGAUGAGGACCAAGAGAGAAGACGAUUUUCCGUCACAGAAUCCCUUUCAGGAGUUCCAGAAUAAGAAGAAUGCUGCCAAGAACAGUCCAAGCCACAGGCCUACCUGAAACUCUCUCUCGAUAGCACAACUGCUGCGGCCUUUUCUCAGCUAUAUAUACGACAUCUGCCGGCAGAACCAAUGCAAACGUUUUCUCAAUUAUUUUCUGUAUCAUAAUUUCUUUACUUUUUUCUCUCGUGUCUUGCUGUAAUUCAAGAGCCAUUGAUUCGUAUACAACUGAGUGGUAGUUUAUGGGCAGAGCAUCAUUUGAGAGACAAAACGAGCAGGUUUCUUGGAGAUAUUGUUGGCUCAAACACUGCCUUCAGCUGCACAUCAAAACCUUGUUCUGAGAGGAAGAGGAGUCUGUCACACACGACGAGGGACUCCACGCAGGGAGCCAGAGACAGCCGCAACAUGAAGAACACAGCCACCUCUCUCCACUCCUCCGCCAUGGCCAACAACUCCUCCCUAUCACGCUCCAAUUCAGUUAGAGGUAUGAUCAGUCCUUCCAAAACCGCAGUAGCAUACCUGUGGAGAGAAAAUAUCCCU